AUGUCUACGAAUUUGAUUGUUCUUGCUGCUCAGCGGGCAUUUAAUGGUGGCAAGGAUGCAUAUGCUAAAGAACUAUACUCGCAUAGCACAUUUUACGUUUACGAAGCUUUCGAACCUGAAGAAAUUGACAAUAAAAAUUUAAAUGAAAUUUUUCCUAUCUAUGCAGAAGAAUGUAAAUCAACCAUUUCAUUCGAAUUAAACCCAACGGAACAAAAAUAUAUUGAAAAAUCACUAAAUAUCAUUAAAUCAAUAAAUUCUCAAUUUAUUGGUACUUCUAUUAUUCAAGCUUAUAGCGAUGAUGUAGGAAUAUUACACACAAUAAUGUACUCAUUUAACUCGAUAAAUACUAAAACUACAUGCAGUAUUACAAAAUUACGUUUUAACAUCAAACUACCUUACAAAUUUGUCAUUGCUCGCUAUUCUAAAACAAUGACAGACGAUUAUUCUGUUGAAUCACAAGAAUACAGUACAAUUUCCGAAAAUGAAGAAUUAAUUCAAGCUUUAUCAAUUGCAUUUGCUCCUUUCAUUUACGAAAUAUACCCUCAACCUUACAGAGUCAUUGAUGAACUGAAGUAUCAAGUAAAUAGAGGUCAACCGCCAAGUGGAUUGAAACGAAUCAAAUAUAAGCAAUCAAAAGAUUAUAAAUUCGACAAAUAA